CCCUCCUCCCCGGGUCUGGGAAUCUCUUUCGGCCUCCGAGCCGGACUGCAAAGCUAACUGCACCGACCUCCUGCCACUAAGCUCCAAGGUGAAGGAAGCCCACCGUUGGAGAGGCCCAAGACUGCGUCUGCAAAGCCUUGGAACGCGACUGUAGGGGGACCUCUGAGCUGGGCCAGGAUGGACUCACGCUGACCGGGAGGCCUUUUGCCAUCCCUCACAGUCCCCUGUGGAGUUAGCGCUAGGAAGCAAGGACUUUGUGAGGGGCUGCUGCAGAUGGGGUGCGCUCUCUGCCCAGACCUGCCGGGCCUUGAACCGCUGUCUAGCCAGUGACGUUGUGGCCUGAGUUACCUGCUUUCCUGACAUGUAUCUAAAUUAAAGUUUGGGGAGCACCGACGUCUAGCUCUCCGCGCUGUCUGUAUCAUUCUGUACGUGGCUUGAGUUAGGCCUCCCAGAGCUGGUGGGGAGCAAACACUACACAUGUACCGCCUGUACGGUUUUUAAAUAUAAUCUACAUUUGUAAGUUAAGGAGGUUUACAUCAAAGCAAAACUAACUUUAAAAAUUAAUGAGUGCAAUGCCUUAAGUUCCCUGGAACUUUUGGACUUUUUUUCCCCUAUCAAUUUGGUCUCUGUUGCAAAAUUCGGCUUUAGUAUGUGAGGCAGACUUUUGUCUGAGGUUGCAUCGUUAUUGCAACCUCAAAUGUGAGUGUUUUGUCUAAAGUCUACUAACUCACUCAUUUAUUAUCAGAUAGCUGUACUUUGACAGCACCAUCACUGAAUCUUUGUGUUACAAGCAUGACAGCAAGUGCUUUCCUAAUUCUUCGAAUAGUAACUAUUGGUCCACGUGAGAUAUGUCUUCAUUUAUGCCAUUUCCUGGGACAGGAAGUUUAGAAGGAAAUGCUGUUCUGCCUCCUCUACUGGUUUUGCCCUGUUUCCUAGUGAACCUCCUUAAACUGCAUGUAUAUGUCACUGUUCCUAUGUAUGUGUGUCUCUCUACCACAUAACCCAGCACUUAUUUCCUCAGCCAAGUGGCUAGGGGGCCAGCCUAGCCAAGAUUUUAUCUCCAAUGGACGCAAGUUUCUUUGAUGAAGAUCUCUCCUGAGAGUUCGGGACUAGCAGAAAGAAGCGAGGAAAUUUCGACCGUUUGGUUCUUACGGAUAGGUAUUUAUGUAUUCGGUUUGUGUGAAUGUAAGCUAUGAUAGUUAACUUUUCAGAAAAAAAAAUUAUUAUUUUUUUUUUGCAAGUGGCAUUGAAUGGUUGACCAAAUCAUACACGGUAAGAACUGCUAGUGAGGUGGAUGUCAUUUAUGUUUUAAAGGAAUAUCUUCCUUUAAUUAAAUUUUAUUGUGCUGUAGAAAGGAGUAUAGACUUUGUUAAGUUAAUUUGAGUUUAAAAGUAGGUGAGAUAUGACUAGCCAUGUUAACUAUAAAUCUGAAAAGCCUUACGUUUGCUUUAAUACUUGUAUUUUAUUAUUUUAAUUGGUAAGUAUGUAUGUAGAGUGUCACACACAAUCAGCCCAGACAGUGACUUCUGUCUGCUGACCUGCACGUUCACAUUACAGAUAUGAUGGGCGUGGUCACCUGCAUGACCUCUCUGCGUAUGAUGCUGAGUAUGCCACCUGGAACCGAGACUACCAACUCUCUGAAGAGGAGGCGCGAGUAGAGGCGCUGUGUGAUGAAGAGAGAGGAAGAAUACAAGCGAUUGAGUGAGGCGCUAGCCGAGGAUGGGAAUUACAGUGCUGUGGGGUUUACUUAUGGCAGUGACUACUAUGACCCAUCUGAGCCGACCGAGGAGGAAGAGCCUUCCAAACAGAGAGAAAAGUCUGAGGCUGAAAAUUUGGAAGAAAACGAAGAACCUUUCAUUGCCCCUUUAGGAUUGACUGUCCCGUCUGACGUGGAACUGCCACCAACAGCCAAAAUGCAUGCCAUCAUUGAGCGUACAGCCAAUUUUGUAUGCAAACAGGGGGCACAGUUUGAAAUAAUGCUGAAGGCCAAGCAGGCACGAAACUCGCAGUUCGACUUCCUACGCUUCGAUCACUACCUCAACCCAUACUACAAAUUCAUCCAGAAAGCUAUGAAAGAAGGACGAUACACAGUGCUGGCAGAAAACAAGAACGAAGAGAAAAAAAAGUCAGGUCCAAACUCUGACAAUGAGGAUGAGGAUGAUGAGGAAGAUGGGAGUUAUCUGCACCCAUCUCUCUUCGCUUCCAAAAAGAGCAGCCGCCUUGAAGAGCUGAUGAAGCCCUUAAAGGUGGUGGACCCAGAUCACCCCCUGGCAGCCCUUGUCCGAAAAGCACAAGCUGACAGCUCUGCCCCCACGCCACACACCCCAGAUGGGGCCUCCACGCAGCCCUCACAGGUGGAAUACACGGCCGACUCGACUGUGGCUGCCAUGUACUACAGCUACUACAUGUUACCAGAUGGCACCUAUUGCCUGGCGCCGCCGCCUCCAGGAAUUGAUGUAGCCACCUACUACAGCACCCUUCCUGCUGGAGUGACCGUGUCCAGCUCCCCCGGAGUGACCACCACCGCCCCGCCGCCUCCUGGAACCACGCCUCCUCCCCCGCCCACCACAGCUGAAGCAGGCAGUGAGGUGACCACCACGACAACGACCACCACAAGUGCGCUUGCCCCCGUGGCCGCCAUCAUCCCCCCGCCUCCUGACGUCCAGCCUGUGAUUGAUAAGCUGGCAGAAUACGUUGCAAGGAAUGGCCUUAAAUUUGAGACCAGCGUCCGUGCCAAGAACGAUCAGAGAUUUGAGUUCCUACAGCCAUGGCACCAGUAUAAUGCUUAUUAUGAGUUUAAGAAGCAAUUCUUCUUGCAGAAGGAAGGAGGUGAUAGGACACAGGUGGCGUCAGUAUCAGAGGAGGCCCCUGCAGAAUCUGCCGGCGAGAAGCCAGGGGACUCUGGGGACGACGGUACUCCUGAGGACACAGCUGAGGCAGGAGGCAGAGGUGGCUCUGGCGGGAAGAAGGAGGCCACGUCCAGUAAGAGUGCGGCGGAUGGGAAGCUGGUGAAAGCUUCAUUUGCUCCAAUAAGCUUUGCAAUCAAGGCCAAAGAAAAUGAUCUCCUUCCCCUGGAAAAAAAUCGAGUUAAGCUAGAUGAUGACAGUGAAGACGAUGAAGAAAGCAAAGAAUGCCAGGAGAGCUGUAGCAGUGCAGCCACCACCAGCCCUGCCACAGCCGCACCCUGUGUGGUUGUUGAGGAGAAGAAGCCCCAGCUUACCCAGGAGGAGCUAGAAGCAAAGCAAGCAAAGCAAAAGCUGGAGGACCGCCUUGCAGCUGCGGCUCGAGAGAAGCUGGCCCAGGCAUCCAAGGAGUCAAAGGAGAAGCAGCUUCAGGCUGAACGCAAAAGGAAGGCGGCUCUAUUCUUACAGACCUUAAAAAAUCCUCUGCCAGAGACAGAAGUGGGAAAGCUUGAGGAGAGUCCCUUUGGAAUUGAGGAAGCCAGUCCUGUGCCCUGUCCUCUGCUGGCUGGGGGCAGACCUCUGCCCACUGUGGAUGCAAAACCACCGGAAAGGCCUUCAAGCAAAAGCAGAGAUCCACCCCGAGAAGAAGAGAGAGAGAAGAAAAAGAAAAAGCACAAAAAACGGUCUCGGACUCGCUCUCGCUCUCCCAAAUACCGCCCGUCCUCCAAGUCCAGGUCCAGGCCCCACUCGAAAGCGAGGCACUCCCUGCCCAGUGCCUACCGGACAGUGCGGCGCUCAAGGUCACGCUCCCGGUCCCCUCGGAGGAGAGCACACUCCCCUGAGAGACGCCGGGAAGAGAGAAGCGUCCCCACUGCGUACCGAGUGAGCAGCAGCCCGGGGGCCAGCAGGAAACGAACUCGCUCCAGAAGUCCCCAUGAGAAGAAGAAGAAGCGGCGGUCGAGGUCUCGGACCAAGGCCAAGGCCCGGUCCCAGUCCUCCUCCCCCAGCAAGCAGGCAGCCCACCGUCCAGCGGCCCAUGCCGCCCACUCGGCCAGCAUCUCUCCUGUGGAGAGCCGGAGCUCCAGCCAGGAGCGUUCCAGGGGAGUUUCUCAGGAAAAAGAUGGCCAGAUCUCUUCAGCAAUCGUUUCUUCUGUGCAGAGCAAAAUCACUCAGGAUCUCAUGGCCAAAGUAAGAGCGAUGCUCGCAGCUUCCAAAAACCUGCAAACCAGCGCAUCCUGAGGCACAGCCACCAUGGGAGCCAGUCCCGCGCGCACGGGCAUCACUCGCCUGCUGGUGGGGCCACAGCUCCAGGACUCUGGGCACCGAAGCGGGGGCAGGGCAGCUCGCGCCUGCAGACCCCCACAGCCAUCUGGGUUCUUCUCCAGACUCCCUGGGACCGUCGGUGGCUUUUGUAAAUUUUUGAUGACAUUUUCAGCUUAAGAUUUUUGACCAGCAAUCUCUUACCUGUAUAUUUGUAAAUAAUAUCAUGUUUCUGUGGAGAUGUAUUAUCGAAUAAAAUGGGAAGAAAGCUCUUUUCUAGC